UGAACGACCCGUACAUAAUCGAAGUAAAUACAAACGCACAACCGAAGUAUUUAUUUAGCGCUGUUGCAGGUCUUUUCUACAUUUUGUUUCUGCUUUUUGCGGCCAUAAUGUCUGACGAGGAAGAGGACUAUAUGUCUGAUGCAUUUCUCACUAAAAUACAAGAUGUGAAGCCAGGUGUCAGCAUGGUGAGGCGGGUGAAAGAAGCGAUGAAGAAGGAGGCGCAGCAUAAGGAGUUGAACAUCAAGAACCGUCAGAAGACCUUCAAGGAGCAAGAGACGGAAAGUAGAGAGACGGCUUUACAAAACUCCAUUAGCAAUGAGAAUAAAGGAUUUGCACUUUUGCAGAAAAUGGGUUACAAAGCUGGUCAAGGCCUCGGGAAGGCAGGAGCAGGAAGGGUUGAUCCAAUCCCUCUGAGUAUCAAAACAGACAGAGGUGGCAUUGGAAUGGAAGAGGUGAAGAAAAGAAAAGCUGAGGAGCAGCUUGAACAUUAUCGUCAAAAAGUACGAGCCAAACAACAGAAUGAGACCAAGUCUCUGGAAGAUUUUAGGUCAAGAGUAAGGACAGAGAGAGAAGAGCGAAAGAUUGAAGGCGAUCUCAGAAAGAGUCAGCGAGCCUGUGAGCAGCUUGAUAGUCAAAAGAGCAUCACUGUCCCCAGGGAAGACUGGUACUGGCCUAAAGAAGAGUCUGAUAAUGAAGAUGAUGAUGAAGAUGAAGAUGGUCCAAAAGAGGAUGAGGACAAAGAGGAGAUUGUGGAACUGACUUCCUUUGACAAACUACACAUCUUGACAUCCUAUUUGAGAGGAGUCCAUUUUUACUGCAUAUGGUGUGGGACCACCUAUAAUGAUGAAGAGGACUUGUGCUCUAACUGUCCCGGGGAUACAGCAGCAGACCAUGAAUGAACUUAAUUAAAAAGUGUGAAGUAGUUCCGAGUUAAAAAAAGUUACAAAUGUUUGACCCUGGAAACAUUAUAAGUAAGAGUGAAUACAGAAAGCAUUUUACGAUGGGGAACAGGCUCAUCACAUUGCGAGGACUGGAUGAAUAUUUAUCAUGCCCAUUUGAAUCUGUUGUCUAUCUCUGGAAGGACACCACUGUUUAUGCUGUUUGUGGGUGUCAGUUUUGAUUUUUUCUUUACAUUUAAAAAUCUGAUGGUAAAUGUAUAUCUUUUAAUUGUUUAUAUUUUGAAAAGAUGCACUUAGAUUUUUUUAGACAUGUCUCAAAAGCAAUAACCUAAAUGUGUUUUUCAUUAAAUGUUUUAAGAAUUA